AUGGAGAAGACAGCGAUAAAGCAGGUUAGGUCUGACUGUUGUUACUCUUUCAUUAUUAUAGAGUCAAGAUUCACUGCACCCUCUUCUUCAAAGAAAAUAGAGAAGUCAUCAUCAUCAGCAACCGACCAGAUUCUACUGUGUGGAAUCAACCUGUUACUUGUCAUUCUUAACAUGGUGAUCUUACUGCAGGAUUUCUUUUCAAGCUUUCAUUGCAUGGUAAGUAUUUUCAAAUCUUUCCUGCGAAUCCCUUCUUGUACUUGGACUGCUUGGGCUGCAACCAGACGUCCAACUGAGAAAUGUUGCAGCAACAGCAAUAAUAUUGAUGCAGCUGAUCAUCAGAUUAAAUCACCAAGAGAUCAAACAGAAACCAAAGAUCAUCGAAAUAAUCUCACUUUGUUAGAAUUGAAAAAGGUGAUCCAAGGAGGAAGCUGCGAAAUUCAAGAGAAUGAAAGUACAGAUAAAAUUGCUGGGCUGUUCGCGGAAGAGGAGCCAAGCAUAAAGGAAGUUAAAGAAGCUUUUGAUGUGUUCGAUGAGAACAAGGAUGGGUUCAUAGAUGCAAAGGACUUAGGGAAUGUCCUGUUUUUGUUAGGUUUCAUGGAAGCUUCGGAAGAGGACUGCAAAAGAAUGAUCAAAAGCUUUGAUGAUAAUUUAGAUGGACGGAUUGAUUUUAAUGAAUUUAUCAAAGUUAUGGAGAGAAGCUUUAGCUGA